CUCACAACACGCCACUGUAACCCAGCUCUCCUCCUCCGAGGGCUUAGAUCAGAAUGCAGCAAAUUUGGGGUUUUCAUCUUCUCAUUUUUAGAUAGUGAAGGCACCAAAACCACAAUGUGCAGGACACGGCUAAAGCUCUCGGAUUCCUCUGGCCCUGUCUCAUGACGCCUGUGCCACUACCCUCAAUCAUCUCUCGCAAGGUAGGCGCUCGUUUCCGGAGGGCCACGGGGAGCUCUAGGAAGCUGGCGCGGGAAGAGGCUCAUCCAGGACAGCCCGAACGGCCUGCCGUUGCUCGGCCUCUCACUGCCUCUUCCGUGAAACGUGAUGGGAUGCUCGGCUCACCCGAAUGCCUUUAGAGUCGGCCCUUAUCUGAGAUGCCACGCGUGUUCUUAUUCGUAAUCUACCUCCCUGUGCCUUGGACCCUCCCUUCAAUCUGCAGGACGCACACCACCCAGGGGUGGCUUCCCGUUUCAGGAUGCCAUCUCUUCCUUUUUCUCUAACUGGCCAGCCUCUGCGCGCGCGCGUUUGUGUAUGGGAGUGUGUGUGGGUGGGUGCGUGACGUGUGUGGGUGUAAGGGGCGAGCUCCACGCUCCCCGGCUCCCGGCCUUGAGGACCCUCUGAGAGUUCUUUGUCCUCCGGCUUGCCCUCACCCCGACCAGACGAGGGCCGGGGUUCGGGUGGCUGCUCCCCACUCCAGCUCCCAGCCCCAGUCAGCAAGACUCCGCGCGGAGCUUCAGAUAAACCUGGGAAUGAAGUAUACUGUCUUGGAUCACAGAGGACUCACGGAUCAGAAACACAAGUCAGCUCAACGGUGUGAAAGAGGGUGAAAUUCUGAUGGACAGAGGAGGGACAGGCCAGCUUUUCAGGCAACAGAGGCCAGGAGGGGCUGUGGUGUGCAGUGGAUCCAGUGGCCCACCACAGUCUGAUGUCAAAAUCCAUGUGGGGUUCUGUUUACCUUCCUCUCCUGGAAACGACCGACUCUGCAGAGUAUUGGCAAGCCCCCACCUCCCCGGUACCUUCCAGUGCUGCUGCCGGAGUUCAUGUUGGCUCAGGUGUUGUAGAACGCCAGCGGCUUGCCGUGAGCAGGUUGGCUGCUAUGGCAGGUGUGGUGUACCCCGGACAGGCCCCUGUGGAUUUAGACAUAUACAAAAGUUCCUACAUGGUUGACUAUCAACACUACGGGAAGCACGAAUCCUCCAGAGUCACACCACAAGAGCAAGCGAAGCUGGAUGCCCAACUCCGGGACAAAGAGUUUUAUAGGGUCGUCCCCAGCUCCAAGCCCAAGCUGGAGGACGGAUACCCCGCCUUCAGAAAACUCCACGUGACAGCCAAAGACCUGGGACAGCCCGGCUUCUUCCCCCCACAGGACCAGGACCGUGUGGCCGCAGCGGAGGACGAAUGCAGGUUCACCAGUAUCUGCCAUUCCGUGUACCCCGUUUCCCACGCCCUGAACCUGGCCCAGGGUGUCCCCAACCGGGUCCGCCAGAGUGCCGGCUUCCCGUGCCUCCUGGAGCCCGAGCUGCAGCCCACGCCCGAGGAGGGCAAGGGCUACUUUCUACUGCCUGGCUGCCUCUGCCCGCAUCACCAUGAAGUCAAGUUCCCCAUCGUGAACCGAUGGGGGCCCUUGAUGCCAUUUUACCACUAGGAAGGGUGAGAGCGCCUUCAGGGGGCUGUGCACGUCCUCCCUCUUGCAAGGAGUACCCGCAGGCACUUGGAGAACGGACAGGAGGACGGAAAAUAAAACCCUGGAAAGACGUUCCUGCAGCACUGGGGCUGCUUGUUCGACCUUGUUCCCUAUCCUGUCCCUAUCCUGUCCCUUGUUCCCUAUCCUAUCCUCGCGGACGCGAGGGGGGAGCGAGGGAAACUCGUGUGUGCGGAGGCUGGAAUGUGUGUGAUGUCUCAUGACAAGGAAGAAUCCUGCUGGCAAGAUUCUUGUUGUUUUAGGCAUUUACUUACAAAAUGGGAACAAUCUCGUUUCCCAUAGUUGUCCGACGUUGAGUGUGACUGUAAAAUGCUGUUGGGUAACGUUCCCGCGGUGCGCUUAGUUUGCUCACCACGUCCACCCCGUAGCCCAUUUCGAGGGCAUCAUUUUAUACUCUCCUUCUUGCUCAGUGGAGCUUUUGUAAACAUAUGCAGGCAUGAAUCGGUUAGGAAGCCGUAGAGCUGCCGAACAAGAAACCCAAGAGCAGUGACUUGAACAACAUCCUAGUUUCUCCCCCGUCUAACGCCCAGGGGGUGGGGCGUCCCUUCUGUGGCUCCCGUCUCUGCGUCCACGGUGGCUGCCAUAGACUAAAUCUCAAUUCAUAGGUUGAAGUUCUAACCUCCAAUGUGACUGCAUUUGGAGACGGGGCCUUUGGGAGGUAAUUAAGGUCCAAUAAGGUCAUAAGGGUGGGACCCUGUUCUGAUAGGAUUGGUGGCCUUCUAAAUAAAGGAAGAAAGGGAGCUCAUUCUCUCCCUCUCUCUCCACACACACACACACACACACACACACACACACACACGGGAAAGCCAUGUGAGCACACAGUGGGGAAGGCAGCCAUCUGCAAGCCAGGACAAGAAGCUUCACCAGAGACCAAACUGUGCCGGACCUUGAUCGUGGACAUCCAGCCUCCAGAACUGUGAGAAAAUAAAUUUCAGUUGUUGAAGCCCGCCGGCCGUGGUAUUUUGUCAUGGUAGUACAAGCUAAGACAGUGACUCCUUCAGUUAUUAACAUUUUCCUGUGAGCAGAAAGCAAGAAAACGCCCAGAGUAAUACAGGUGUAUUCCCUUCUAGGGGCACAAGAUAGAAGUGAUGUUCUUCACUUUCAGUCCUGUCCUCUUGGCCAGAGCUCAGCACAUGGUCCCAACAAACUGCAAGGAAGGCUGGGAAAUUCACCUUUAUCCUGGGUGGCCAUGUGCCCAGCCAAAAAAUGAGAAGUUAGUAGGAUAGAAGGAGAGGAUUAUUUGGAUGGCUGACUACCCAUUUUUGCCACAAUACAUGAGAAGGCUUUCCCGUUAGAAUCCCCCUGCACACCAGUGCUUCCCUAGGGGAUCUUGUUAAAAAGCAGAUUCUGAGUCAGCCGGUCUAGCGUGGGGGCAAGAUUCUGCAUUUCCGACAAGAGCCCAGGGGCGCGGUGCUGCCCGACGGGAGACCCUACACAAUACUCUGAGUCUUCCUUUCCUCUUCGCAAGUUAUUGCUUAUAGAGCUAAUUAUUUUUAAUGGCUGCUUAAUACUCCAUUGAACUGGUGGAUCUUGGUUUAUGAAACUGUUUCCUUAUUGGGGGGCAGUUGUGCUUUCCCAAUAUCCUUCCUACAAAUUAUGCAGCAAUAACACGUCAUGAACAUAUAUCCUUACAAAUGAUGCUUUUAUUUCUGUAAGACGAGAGUCUUACAAGUGCUGGGUUUGUGCUGGGUCAAGGGGGUAGGUGCUUGGUGCUAACAGAUAGCACCAAAACAGCCCCUUCCUCCUUCCCAUCGCCUCACCAGCGCGUGGAUAUGAUCAAUCUUUUUGAUUUUUGCCAAUUUCAUGAAUAGAAAAUGGUAUCUCACCGUGGCUUUAAUUUUCAGUUACUUGGCCACUUAGUGAGAUACAGAAUCUGUUUUAUAUCAUUAGCCAUUGGGUUUCUGAGUCACAUCUUUUGCCCUGAAUUAUCUUUUUUUCUUACUAAUUUAUAGGAGUCUUUUUUUUCACAUGGUCAGGUUAGCUCCUUAUCUAGCACGUGUGUCAAACAUGUUCUGUCUUAACUUUUAAAUAUACAAUUUAAAAUAUGUACUCCGAACAUACUUUGUUCUAACAUAAAAUGAAUACCUUCAGUAGAAAAUGCUGCGAAGCGAAGAAGGGUGUGACGAAGAAAAAGAAAUCACCUCUAAUCCCACCGCUCAGUCAGUGAUGACUACUGUUAACAUUUUGAUGCCCAGGGUUCCAGAUAACGGUCAGAUCCUUGAGCUGUUGCACCAGACAAAUCUGGGGUUCCGUCCAUGCCUGAGUUUGCAUCUUAGCAGCUGAGGGGUAUUCUAGAAAGUUAUUUCAUGUCUCUGAACAGUGAUGUCCUCAUUAGUAGAAGCACUAAGGACGCCCUACCUUUUGAGUGAACACCGUUUGCUCGGCAUCUGAGAUACAGCCCGUGUUCAGGGAGACCUUUUACAGGCAUUUUUACAGAUCUCACACUGAAUAUGUAAUUUCAAAUCCUGCUUGGUCUUUGUGGCAUUAACUAUAAGCAUUGCGACUCAACCUCAAAACUUUAUACGUAUCCUUGCGCGAACACACCGUAAUUACUAUUGUUAGACAGUCAAGUUGUUUCCAAUUAAUGUAUUUUUCUCUUACACAUUAGGCUACGGAAUAAACUUUUUUCUAUA